AAUCAUUACAUUAAAAAAAUAACUUGUCUUGUUUUGAUAGUGUAUUUUAAUUUCAAAUAAAAUAACAAAAACAAUAUUAAACAAAAUUUAACAAUAAAACGUCUGAACAUAAUAAAACACAUUCACUUUAAAUUUGUUGAAAUGGAAUCUGACAAUUUAUCAAAGCAGAUUGAAGAAGUAGAAGCCUUAAGUUCAAUUUAUGGUGAUGACUGGAAUACUGAUAGUGAAGCUACAAGGUCCUACAGUAUCAAGAUAAAAGAUGAUAAAAAUGAAGUAAUCUUAUACAUCACCAUGACAGAGGGCUACCCAAGUGUCAGCCCUCCGAAAUAUGAACUCUCUGCCCCAUGGAUGGACAGGAAGGUAAAAGAAAACCUGCAUUAUAGCCUGGAUGAGAUUUAUUUAGACUAUUUAGGAGAAACUGUCAUAUAUCAAUGGGUUGAAAAAAUCAGAGAAAUAUUACAGACAAUUAAACCUGUGGAGCCUGAAAAGCAACACAUUUCAGUAGAAGAAAUUUUGGAUGUUUCUCAGAUAGAAAUCAACUGUCCAGAUAUUACUCAUGGUGAAGUAAUAGUUGAUAGAAAGAGUUCUUUUCAAGGACAUGCAGCUGAAGUUCACAGUAUUGAUGAUGUAAAUGCUGUGAUAGCAAAGCUAAUGCAAAAUAAAAAGAUACAGAAUGCGACACACAACAUGUAUGCAUACCGGAUAGAGAAGAAGACUGUCAAAGGCACCACUAUGCUGCAGGAUUGCUCUGAUGAUGGAGAGGCUCACGCUGGAGGUCGGAUGCUGCAUCUCUUGCAGAUAUUGGACCAGAAAAACACUCUGGUUGUUGUUUCUAGGUGGUAUGGCGGGAUACAACUUGGUCCAGACAGGUUUCGACACAUAAACAAUGCAACCCGGCAAGUUAUCCAGCAAGCGGGACUGUUGAAGAAAUGACAUUAAUGUUGUGUGCUUCUAGAGCACAAUUUAGUUAUAAAUGAUAAGAGGUCCUCAACGAAAAAAAUGUAUAUACAUCAGUGGCGUGCAUUUCAUACAUACAUUAAAUUACUGCAUACCCUAAGAGUGUCUUCUUAGUGCUCGUUAAAUACAGAUAUUUCCACUUUGCUCAAUUUUGUUACUAGUGCAUACUCUGAUCCACAACCUUAUGCAUGCCACUGAUAGACAUCAUAUAACUGUGCAGUACAGUGGUGUGGUGUGUAUGAUGACAAAGGAAGUGAGAUAUGACAACAGGUACGGGGUACAUCUCAGGAGGGAUGUGUGAGAUAUCCCUCACGAGAGAGAGGGAGGUGCAGAGUAUAUCUGAGAAGGGAGCGAGGUGCAAGGUAUGCCUCACAAGACAGCAAGGGAUGUGGAGGGUAUAUCUCGGAAGGGAGCAGGGUGCAAGGUAUGCCUCACAAGACAGUGAGGGAGGUGCAGGGUAUAUCUCAGAAGGGAGCGGGGUGCAAGGUACGCCUCACAAGACAGCGAGGGAGGUGCAGGGUGUAUCUCAGAAGGGAGCGGGGUGCAAGGUAUGCCUCACAAGACAGCGAGGGAGGUGCGGGGUAUAUCUCAGAAGGGAGCGGGGUGCAAGGUAUGCCUCACAAGACAGCGAGGGAGGUGCGGGGUAUAUCUCAGAAGGGAGCGGGGUGCAAGGUAUGCCUCACAAGACAGCGAGGGAGGUGCAGGGUAUAUCUCAGAGAGAGAGAGAGAGUGUGGUGCAUGAUGGCAGAGGGAAGUGGGACACUUGCAGUGGUAUGGAUGAUGAAUGCACCUGCUGUCCACUCAACUCUUCUUCAGACACCAACAUCCUUGUACUGCAUAGUCGUAGAGUGUGUUACGCAUCAUCAUCAACCCAUAUUUGGCUCACUGCUGAGCUCGAGCCUCCGUAUGAGAGGUUUUAGGCCAAAUAGUCCACCACGCUGGACCCAACGCAGAUUGGCAGACUACACACACAUAGAAAAUAAAGAAAUUUCUCUGGUAUCCAGGUUUGAGGUUUUUUCUUCACCGUUUGAGACACGUGAUAUUUAAUUUCUUAAAAUGCACACAACUGAAAAGCUGGAGGUGCCCCGGACUGGAUUCAAACUACACCCUCCGGAUUCGUAGGCAGAGGUCAUAUCCACUAGGCUAUUACGGUUCUAUGUUAACUAUACUACAGUUCAUAUUCUAUCUAUUCCACUCCAUUUUAUACCUGUACCUGGGUAUAGUUUCAUAGUCUAAUGCCCAUAGUACUUUACAGAGUAAUAUCUAUACAGGCUGAUCUGUUAUUUUAGAUACCCUAUACAAAUAUCUAAAAUACAAGAUGCAAGAUACUUUAAAAAAAUGUAUUUCAGAUACCAGAUACAAAUGAUUUUCUAAAAAGGUAUCUGAAAUACAAAAUACCUAUCUUUCAAAUACUUUUGUAAGAAAACAACAUUUCAUUAAACUUUUCUGAUUGCAUUUUUAGCAUCAGUAUCAAUCACUAAUAGACCCCUGAUACCCUGAUAUUUUAAUGAAUACCCUAAUAGUUAUUUUGGAAAUAUAUUUUAUGUACAGAGUUCACCUCUCUACAGAUUUAUUAUUUAUAUUUAAGUAUAGAUAUCAAAUUCAAUCCAAUUAAAUAUUUCUCUGUAUUUAAUUGGAUUGAAUUUGAAAUCAGGGUGUAAAAGAUUAACUUCAAAUAAAAUCCAUUAGAUCCAUCAGAUUAAAUAAAAUCCAUCUGGAUCUCUUCCAGAUAGAUUUUAUUGUAUAUAGGCCUUUAUAAUGAUGUAAAUGUAUGAUCUGUUAUUCCUAAGAAUGUAUUCAAAUUGAUGUGAAAUAAUAUUUUCUGUAAAUAUACUAUUUUGACACAUGGUGCUGUAUAUAACUAAAUGAACUGUCUAUCUACUAUUUUGUAUAAAUUAUAACUGUUGUUCAUGAUUU